AUGCACUUCCCGGCACGGAAUUGCGCCCCUGUCGUGUCGGCGGCGACAGGGAGGAUAUCACUAUCACAACGCAGUGCCCCGUGCUCCUCUUUAGGGAUGGUUGGCUCGGUGGAGCUCAACGGCUGGGCUAGGAACUGUUCUGUCGGUUCAUCUAGACAUAUUCGUUCAUUUUCGGGGAGGUACCUCGGCCAGGGUAUUGGUCUCGGAGCUUCUGGUGCAUCACCGGCAACGAAGCUAUAUGCUGGGCUGACGGCAGUUCCACGAGACCAUCGUGCCUGGAUUCAGGCAAGGAAAUUUAGCAGUGCAGACCAUACACAACUCCGAGGCGACAAGCAGAAGACUGAAGAGCUUUUGGAGAAGUUCGAAGUUCAGGAGGGCAAUCAAGCAGCUCGGCCUCAGCGGACAGCUCUUGGGGGGAAUGGCGGAGGGGGAAAGUCUCCGAUGGAAGAAGAAAAACUGCCUGAAAGGAUGACCAAGGGUAAAAUGUUGACGACGCCAUCGCGGCUUUUCAAACUGAUCAUUCCUUUAACGACCAUCACAAAUGAAGACCAUGAUAAAGAAAUCGAACCCAUAGCUAUCCUUGUCCAUCCCCAACAACCACUGUCAUACCUAGAGCGUCUAAUCCAGUCAGAGCUACCCCCAAUCAAAGGCAACACUGGCAAUCUUCGCCCACCCACCAUCUCCUUCAUCGCACUCCAGCGCGACGACAACGCCAUCAAGCCCAAAAAGCGAAUCGAAGACGAGAUCGACCUACAAGGAAAGCAAAACCAAAACAAAGAAACAGACUUCGUCCCCGGUAACGACGGCGUUGGCGGCAGCAAACCCCUCAACGGCCGAUCACCGACCCAGCACCGCCGAUCCCGAGAAGAAGACGCCGAAACGUACAGUUACCCCCGCAAAACGAACGGCGGUCCGCCCCGAGACGGCGAACCCGAGCGCUUCGUGCGCUGGUCACAAGCCACAGAGAUAGGUGACUUCAUCCGGGAUGCAGCGCGCGCAGGCGAGUUCAUCGUGUCGAUCGAAGGCGCGCCGUCCGGUCUAAGCCAGCUCCGCGUCACGGUGCCGUCGUUCAACGAGCGCACGUAUUAUCUUCGCAUGCGAUUGCGCAAGCUCUCACGCCGCAUCCAGGCCAUGGCGAAUGUGAAAGAGGAGUGUGAUGCGCUAGCGCAUCGGGGUGCGCAGCGGGUUGCGAUUGGCGGGUUUGGGAUUCUUACCAUUUGGUGGUUUACGGUUUAUAAGUUGACGUUUGGGACUUCUCUCGGGUGGGAUACUAUGGAGCCGGUGACUUACUUGGUCAGUUUGUCUACGUUGAUGGGGGGUUAUUUGUGGUUUUUGUAUCACAAUCGGGAGAUUUCUUACAAGUCUGCGCUGGAUUUCACGAUCAGUGCGAGGCAGAAGAAGCUUUAUCAGUUGCAUCAGGUUGAUUUGCAGCUCUGGGAGUCCUUGAUUGAUGAGGGGAACUCGCUUCGUAGGGAGAUUAAGAAUAUCGCGGCUGAGUACGACGCUGAGUGGAAUGAGCGGGCUGAUGAGCACGACAAGCGUGUGACGGAGGUCUUGAAGUCAGAACGUGGAAAGAAUGAGAAGAAGAGGGAUUCAGGCGAGGAGAAAGACGAGGAUGACGAUUGA